UUCUGUCGUCUCUUCCCAUCACUCUCACUCACUUCAUUUCUAUUUCCAUGGCGGCCUCCUCAGCCAUACCCCAGGUUGUUCCGCUCACUUUUCCAAACCACCACUGUUUUAGAUUCUUUCCGCCAGGUGGUCUCUCUUCGGUGCCACGUAUACGCACAAACAUUCCAAAAACCUCGCUUGUUGUUGCUUUCAAUGGGGUCCGGACGUCACUCAAACGCUCUCAUUUCCCAAGGUCAGUGCCCUUUUCUGUGGCUGUUGGGUUCAGCUCCAGUUCCAGGUUCUUGCAAAUGGGUUCUCGUGAAACUUGUUCUAGCAGAGAAAUUUCAGCCCAAUCUAGCGGUGCAGAGAGCAGUAGCACUUCCACAGUUUCUCAAAAUGUUCUUAAGUUAUUACAUUUGAUUGUUUCACUUGGGUUGAUACUAGCAACGGACAAAUAUUUGAAGAAGGCAUUUGUGGCAGCAUCAAUUAAGUUCCCAAGUGCCCUCUUUGGGAUGUUUUGUAUAUUCUCCGUUCUUGUGGUUCUAGACACCAUUGUUCCGGCAGCAGCAGCAAAUGUGAUGAGCUUUUUUGAGCCAGCUCUAUUGUUCAUCCAGAGAUGGCUCCCAUUAUUCUAUGUUCCAUCUUUGGUUGUUUUGCCUCUCUCUGUCAAAGACAUUCCAGCAGCAUCUGGCAUCAAAAUCUCCUUGAUCACAGUUGGAGGCUGGUUCGCGACACUUUGUGUUGCAGGAUUUACAGCUAUAGCUGUAAGAAAACUGGUAAAAACAGAAAUGGUUGAUGCUGAACCCAUGGCAAAACCCUCUCCUUUUUCUUCUAUCGAAAUCUGGUCUUGGAGUGGGAUUCUGCUCAUGUCAUUUGUCAGUGCAUUACUAUACCCUACAGCGCUGGGCACAGGUGCUCGAACAUGCCUUCCAUUCCUUCUUGCAUCCACCGUUCUAGGCUACAUUGUUGGUUCCGGGUUGCCAUCAGGUGUGAAGAAAGUGUUUCAUCCAAUUAUAUGUUGUGCGCUAUCUGCAGACCUCGCAGCAUUGGCUUUUGGGUACCUUUCUCGGUCUGGACUUGAUCCUGUUCUAGGAUUUUACCUAACAAAGGCUUCAUCUAAUCCUGGAGCUGGUGAUGUGCUGAUGGGAUUUUUGGGUUCUGUAAUUCUCUCAUUUGCUUUCUCAAUGUUUAAACAGAGAAAGCUGGUUAAGAGGCAUGCAGCUGAGAUAUUCACGUCUGUCAUCCUCUCAACAAUAUUCUCAUUGUAUUCAACAGCUCUUGUUGGACGUCUAGUUGGGUUGGAACCAACCUUGACUAUAUCAAUUCUACCCAGAUGUAUAACUGUUGCAUUGGCUCUCAGUAUUGUGUCUCUGUUUGAAGGUGCCAAUUCAUCACUGACAGCUGCUGUAGUUGUAGUAACUGGUCUCGUUGGGGCAAAUUUUGUUCAAGCAUCACUGGAUAAACUACGGUUUCACGAUCCUAUUGCUCGUGGAAUAGCAACUGCUUCUAGUGCUCAUGGAUUGGGCACAGCUGCCUUAUCAGCCAAGGAGCCCGAGGCUCUUCCAUUCUGUGCUAUUGCUUAUGCUCUAAAUGGUAUCUUUGGCUCUUUGCUUUGCUCUAUUCCGGCAGUCAGGCAAAGCUUGAUUGCAAUCGUCGGGUAAACUAGAAUGGCUAAUUCCUGAUUUUUGCUGCUGCCUUGUCAUGAGCGUUGUUUUACUGGGUUUUGAAGGGAGGCUCUUCUUGCAUUGUGUAUAUAAUAUGAAGAACACUAGUGUGGAAAUCAUUAUAGCAUUUGUCAAACCAAGUUAAAUUCUUGUCAUUUUUUAUCCUCUUGGUGAAAUUAUGAAUAACAUCUGAAUACGAAUCAGAUAAUUAUCUCAA